AUGUAUUUGAUUUAUCGAGCAUUACUGAACAUUGAAACUUAUCAAGUUAAUCAGGUGUGGGUGUCUGAACUUUUUAAAGAAAUGAAUAAAGUGGCUCAAGGCGCAAGUGACAAUCUUGUCUUGACUCUUAGGCUCCAUGACAGUCAAGGAUUCAUAAACUUUUUUAGAAUGUCACCAGAGGCUUUUGAUGAAUUAUUGUCAUUAGUUGGACCAAAAAUUACAAAAAAAUUUUGUGUUAGGGCUCCAAUAUCUGCUACAAUUCGCUUUCAACUUACUUUAAGAUAUCUUGCAACUGGUGAUUAUAUAAAUUCUUUGUCUCUAUUAUUCAGAGUAAGUCCAACAUCAGUGUCCAAAAUAAUUAAAGAGACCUGUAAAGAAAUAUGGAAUUGUUUGAUUCCAAUUGUUUUUAUAUCAAAUCCAACCCAAAAUGAUUGGAGAAAAAUUUCCAAAGGAUUUGAAUCUGAAUGGAAUUUUUCACAUUGUUUAGGAUGUGUAGACAGCAAAUUAAUUGCAAUGGAGGCUCCACCACACAGCAGUUCCUAUUUUUAUGACUACAAGGGACAUCACAGUAUCCAUCUGCAAGCUUAUGUUGAUGCUUACAAAAAGUUUAUUGCUGUAGAAGUUGGAGCUGCAGGCCGGCAAAGUGAUCGUGGUGUGUUCUGUAACAGCACAACGGGAAAAAUGAUUAUUAACAAAAAAUUCAACAUCCCACAACCAGAGCCAGUGGUGCAAGAUGGUUCAAAGCUGCCGUAUGUGUUCUUGGGAGAUAAAGCAUUUGGUUUGAGCGAUUACAUGUUGACUCCCUAUCCAAGAAGUUUGAAGUUGGAUUUGAGAAAAAAAGUUUUUAACUACAGGCAAUCCAGAGCAAGGCGAAUAGUUGAGUGUCCUUUUGGUGAAUUGAUAAGCACUUGGCGGCUCUUCAGAAAACGUGUAGAAAUAACAUUGCCUGCCACUAUUGAAGCAAUAAAAGCCUGCGUCUGUUUACAAAAUUUUUUGAUUAUGUAUAAUGAAGAAGAAAAGGAUAUCGAUGAAUCCGUUAUCGUUGAUAAAAAUACACAACUGCAGAGUGUUGGAAAUAUUAGUGCAAGAGCUAAGCGUAAUGCUGCAGUAAAAGUAAGGGAUGACUUUGCAGAGUACUUUAUGAACGAAGGAGCAGUCCCCUUUCAAUGGGAAAAAUGCUAA